CCCGGAAGUGGAUGUUUGGCGGGAAUGUCGGUGUCUGUGUGAGAGACAUGGACGAGUACGACCUGUACGGCAUAGAGGAUGAGUACGAGGCGCAGUUCUCCUCCGAGCUGGAGGUUCUGGCCGAGCUGGAAGAUGACCCGCCCUCCCGAUACGCGCCCAAAACCUCACGCUUCCGCGAGAAGUUGUCCUUUGAAGAGGCGAUUACCUCCGGCGAUCACGUAGGAGCCGCCGACAGCCACAGCGCUAAUGGCAGCCUGGCGGGCACGACGUCCAAGAAGCGGGGCGCAGCCUUCCUCCACCUGUCAGAAGAGGACGAGCUCUCUGACAGCCUCCUCCAGCCUCCGCCCACGCCUAAAGCUAAGCGCCCCAAACUGGAGGCAGUGAAGAAGCUGGACUUUGGAGCUACUGAGCGAUUUGCGGCUAGCCCAACACCAAGUGAUGACAUCACUCCUCCGCCAUCCCCUGAUCCCACACAGAAGAAAGACAGAAAUCUGAAGUUUCUGAGCUGUGAUGUGUUUGACGUCAGUGAUAUGGCUCCGCUACAAGUCACCCCGACAGAAACCGAGCAGAAGCGUGUCUUGACGCGCCCCCCUGUACUGGAGGACUACAUCAAUGUGACUUCCAGUGACGGCACCAGGGUUUAUAUGACCCUGAGAGACGAUCAGGAUGGGACAGGGGUUCAGGAGCCUUCUAAAAUUACAGGCCUCAGUUGGAGAGGUGACCAGCAACUUCAUCUUUUGGGGGUCCCUAUUUCGUACAUUAAAGAGCAAGUGGCUGAUGAGCGUCGAAGGCAGGUGUUAGAGGAAUCACAACGCCUUUCAGAAAUGUUGAACAGUCAAAUGAAUGAAUUUGAAGAGGUGGAAAAUGAAAGUUCAGAGCUCGUCUCUGCAGAGGCAGAAGAGGAAGGAAACGAUGCAUCCUCGCAUAACCUUUGGGUUGACAGAUACUCCCCAAAAUAUUAUACAGAGCUGCUGAGUGAUGAUUACACGAAUCGCUGCCUCUUGAAAUGGUUGAAGUUAUGGGACACUGUGGUGUUUGGUAAAGAAAAGACAGUGAAGAAGCCCAAGGCAGUCCCUGAUCAGAGAGCAAACAACAAGUUCCAGUUCCAGAAGGAUUCGACUGUUAAGUGGAAGAGCAAAGCCCAGAUCACAGAGGAGAUACUCGAGGCAGAACUAGAUCAGUACAAUAGGCCCAAGAACAAGGUUGCUUUGCUCUGUGGUCCUCCUGGUCUGGGGAAAACGACAUUGGCCCAUAUAAUAGCAAGACAUGCUGGAUACAAUGUGGUAGAAAUGAAUGCCAGUGAUGACCGCAGUGCAGAGGUAUUCCGAACUCGAAUCGAAGCUGCAACACAAAUGAAAUCUGUGCUGGGAAUGGAUGAGCGUCCUAACUGCUUAAUUAUUGAUGAAAUUGAUGGUGCACCUACAGUCUCUAUCAAUAUGCUGCUAAGUUUAAUCAACCGUAAAGACGGCAAGGAUAAUACAGAAGGUGGUAAUGAGUUGGCUCCAACGAAGAAGAAGAAGAAAGAGGGUGGUCUGAUGCUUCGACCCAUCAUCUGUAUUUGCAAUGACCAGUAUGUACCAUCUCUGCGGCAGCUCAGACAGCAAGCGUUCAUGUUGAAUUUCCCUCAGACGAUGCCCUCCAGGCUGGUACAAAGGUUGUAUGAGAUCACUUUUAAACAGGGCAUGAAAGCUGACACUGGGGCACUGAUGGCAUUGUGUGAGAAGACCGAUAAUGAUAUUAGAUCCUGUAUUAAUACACUGCAGUUCUUACAUGGCAAAGGGAGGAAAGAACUGAACCUGCGCACAGUCCAGACAAUGAAGAUUGGGCUAAAGGAUCAAAAUAAGGGCUUGUUCUCUGUGUGGCAGGAAAUCUUCCAGCUCCCUAAAGUUCAGAGAAAGCGCAUUGGUCAAGAUGUUACUACCCCAGAUCUUCAGCUGCUUCUUACAAACAAUGAUCCCCUCAAUCUGUUGGGCAGAACUCCAUUAAGUGUUUUGGCCCAAAGAUUCCACCAUAUAUUGCACCUGACUAUGGCUACAGGGGAGUACGAGAAACUGACAUUGGGAUUAUAUGAUAACUUUUUGAACAUGAAGGUGAAGGAGUCCAGUUUCGGCACAGUGGUCUCCGCUCUGGAUUGGUUGGGGUUCACAGACAUUGUAAACACAACGAUAAUGCACGGACAGAACUUCCAGCUCAUGAGAUACUUGCCUUUCUUGCCGGUCGCCUUUCACCUCUUUUUUGCUGCUUCAAAUAUCCCUCGAAUUGCUUAUCCUAACAGUCACUACGAGGCUCAAUCCAGACUUAACCAAAUGCAGAAUCUUCUGAGCGCCAUGGUUUCCGAAAUCUCCCCUUCCAUCCGUUCACGUGUUGGACCUCAGUCCUUGGUUUUGGAUGCUCUAUGUCUUCUGCUUGAUGUCAUCUCUCCAAAGCUGCGGCCAGUGAAUACUCAGUUGUACAGCAUGAAGGAGAAGCAGCAGCUGGCUGACCUCAUCAACACAAUGCUGGCCUACAACUUGACUUACCACCAGGAGCGCACCAUGGACGGCCAGUACGUCUACAAGCUUGACCCCAACGUGGAGGAUGUCUGCAGGUUCCCAGAGCUCCCAGCCCGGAAGCAGCUCACCUACCAGGCCAAGCAGCUUAUUGCCCGUGAGAUAGAACUGGAGAAAAUGAGACGGUCUGAGGCUUUUCAGCAAGCGAGGAAUGCGAGAAAACAGGACAAUACCAGCAAAUCAGAGGAGAAACCUGGUAAAGAGUCUGUCGUAAAACCUCCUGCCAAACCGGCCACACUGAACCACGAACAGCGGCUGGAGACUAUCAUGAAGAAGACCACGUUUGAGGAGAAGCCUGAAAAGGAUUUCUUUGGCCGACAAAUUGUCAAGAAAGUGAUCUCUAUAGCCAACGGCAUCCAAGAAGACACUAUAGAAAAGAAGAUAGGGACGGCGGUGGGGAACAGCCAUGUUUGGUUCCGAUUUAAUGAGGGAGUUUCCAACGCUGUGAGAAGGAACGUUUACAUCAAGGAUCUGUUAUGAUGAUUGCAGUCAUGUUGAAAUGGAGAUUGUGUAGAGGAGACACUUUGGUGUUUUGUGCCAUCAGGCGGUGACUAUGAACUGUUCACUGGUUUUUGCGACUUGUUCAUAAUGUUUAUAUAGUGUAAGACGCUUUCUAGCAAGUAUGUUUUGUAUUAAAAUAAAAAUUAACAUUUCAAGGAA